ACCAAACUUAUGGAUGUUUUGACUGUGUUUUGACGUUUGUAAUAAGCUAUUUUGGGAACUUAAAAAAUUCAAUAAAUACAUAGAAAAUUAUUCCGUAAAUUGUAUUGGCAUUCAUAUUAUUAGCUACGUGAACCGCAAAGUGAUUGUUUUUAGAAAAUAAAAAUAAAAAUGUCGGAAUAUAAAACUAAUCUUCCUGAAAUGGAAGUAUUUCGUACUGAAAAUUAUUAUGUUUUUCUGAACAGUACUUCGAGCUUGUGGUGCAAUCGGAAGACUGGAGAAUUUCAGGUAAAACCAGGUUGGGAACUCGCCAAUUCCGGAGAUCCCGAGUGUCUAGGAGUGUUCUAUGGGCUAAUUGGUCAACUUGAACUGUUGUCUGACUGUCGUCUACUGCUGGUGAAGGAUGCAGCUCGUGUUGGUGAGCUGCAGGGCCGUGGCACUGUCUACAAGAUACGUUCCAUAGCACUUCUUCAGCCCAAAGGCCCAGAUGUGACAGCAGGAGAACUAAAACUGAAGCCGUGCCGCAAGCACUGUAACUCCAAUACCAGCAUUGCAACUGACAAUAUACAGAAGGUGGCAUUUGCCAAGACCUGGGGUACCAUCAAGUCUGCUGGCAGCACCAUAAAGAACACCACUCAGCAGGCAGCUGCUUUAGCUACAUCCCAAGUGAAGGGCAAUAAUCAAUUGAAAGACAAGGAAAAAUAUGAACGGCGGGUGGUAGAGGAGCUCCAUAGAGUAUUCACUGACACUGACUCGUUCUACUUUUGCGUGGACGGAGCAGGGCAGCCGGCUGACCUCACCAAUACCCUACAGCGCCACUGUGAGCUGACUCCUGCCACACCACGCUGGCGUAACGUCGACAAGCGCUUUUUCUGGAACAAGUACAUGCUCAAAGAGAUUCUGCUACUGAAUGACCCCCUGGCAGAAGCCUGGGUGUUGCCCGUGGUCCAAGGUUUCUUCCAGAUAGAGCAGUGUCAUGUGGAGGUGGGCUUUGAUGUGCGUGUAGACAACAACUCAGUCACUCCUAGGUAUGAGGUAUUCACAUUGUCGCUACUAUCUCGACGCAGCAGAUACCGGGCUGGCACUCGGUACAAGCGGCGUGGCCUGGACGACAGUGGCCACUGUGCCAACUACGUGGAGACGGAACAGAUCAUCUCCCACAGACAUCACCAGGUGGCUGUGACACUGGUCCGAGGCUCUGUACCUGUCUACUGGUCACAGCCGGGGUACAAGUACAGACCUCCUCCUCGACUUGACAAAGGGGAAGCUGAAACAAAGAUAGCUUUUGAGCGUCACUUCGAGGAAGAGCUUCUGCGGUACGGGCCAGUGUGUGUUGUCAACCUGAUAGAGCAGACUGGAAAGGAACGAGUGAUAUGGGAUGCCUUCACCAGCCAUGUGCUACAGUACAACCACCCCGACAUCACUUAUGUCACCUUCGACUUUCAUGAGUACUGCAGAGGAAUGCGGUUUGAGAAUGUAUCAGCCCUUGUUACAAGCUUGUCGGAUGUGAUCCACGAGCAAGGGUUCACGUGGAAGGACAAGCAAGGACUGAUCUGCCGUCAGACUGGUGUAUUCAGGGUCAACUGUAUUGACUGUCUUGAUCGCACCAAUGUUGUCCAAACUGCACUUGCGAAGGCAGUGCUGGAACUGCAACUGACCAAGUUGGGUCUAAUCCCUCCAGAAGGAUGCCUGCCACCCACCCUAAGAGCCUCUUUCCAGUUGCUGUGGGCCAAUAAUGGGGACACCAUCAGUAAGCAGUACGCUGGCACCAAUGCUCUCAAGGGAGACUACACAAGGACAGGAGAACGCAAGCUGAGUGGGAUGAUGAAGGAUGGCAUGAACUCGGCCAACCGUUACUUACGGGUUCACUUGCGUGACUCAACGCGUCAGGCUGUGCUGGACAUAAUGCAAGGUGACCCACUCCCCCCUCCUGACCAGCUCAAUGUACUAGCAGAUGACACUUUAUCCGCAAUAUCUAACUACUCCAAGUGUCUGCCGGACACUACUGUCUUUGUGCCAGAAAUCAAUUUGUCUUGGGCACUCUAUAAAACUACAAGGUACUACCUAAGCAGAUUCAAAGAUGCUUACAGACAAGCUACCAUUGAUAUGAUGUUAGGUAACCCCUUGCCCGAGGACGUGUUCAUGCAGGGAGAGGUGGAGGAGGACAACUCUGCCAGUGUGGAACACGUUAAGUCACUCAUAGAGGACUGCAAGAAGCUACUGUUGUCGGACUCCUCACUAGUGCUGGGAGCUUGGGGUCUCAUAGAUGCUGACCCUGUGACUGGAGAUCCCAGUGAGACAGAGAUGGACACUAUUCUGAUCCUCACAAGAGAUUCCUACUAUGUGGCAGAAUAUGAUGACCAAAUAGACAGAGUAACCAAGUACCAACAAGUACCUUUGCCUGACCUCACCCUUAUUGAACUUGGAGUCAUGGACUCAUCAUUCUCUGUGUCCCAUUCACCUAUGCAGCUUUUCAAGAACAAAAACAACAAGGGACAUUACUGCCUGCGGCUAAACUACUCUGUGGGAGGCCAAGCUGGCUACUGUCAUACAUUCCGCUCAACUAACCUGCGUUUCUUCAACAACGUGGCUGUCAUGAUCAAAACUGAGGAGGAGAUGAUAGAGUCUCUGCGGGCGAUUGCAGAAACAGUACAAGUCGGGCUGGAGGUGGCAGGCUUGGCAAAGCCUCAAGUGAAGCUUUGUGACAGACUCCAGCGCAAGAAUACACUCCAGCCAAGCUGGACUCGGCACAACGAUUGUCUGCAGAUACCCGGCAACACCUCACUGACGAGGAAUGUCUCUGAGACUCAGCUCACCUCUUUAAAAACUGCCGGAAGUAAAGCUUUGACAAACAUGUCUCAACAGUUCAGCAAGCUCAAUCGACUCGGCCAAAGCUUUAACAUGCGCAGGAAACAUGGUGACAGAGAUACCGCUGACUGCAAGGUGGAUGGCACAGCAAAAUUUGUCCUAGGUGCUGAAGAAGGGAAGGAAUGCAGCGAAGAUGAUGACGAUGAUGUUGUUGUUGGCAGAAUAAAUGAGAAACUCUCUCGACAAACAUCUGUAGAAGCCUUUAUUCCUAAUGUUGGCAUUGUGAUGAGUAAUGCUGAUAUCAAAGUUGUAGGAAUAGACGAGGAAAAAGCAGAACAAUUCACACCUUGUAUUACUGAUGUCACCCUUAAUCAAAUUGUCCAGAGCGAUGUCAAUUUGAAAAAGUAUCAGUCACCACAGUGUUUAGAAGAUGUCUCAAAAACAAAUGAAGAGAAUUCAAAAACUGCUUCUGGGAUUGGGAUUGUAGUUGAAAAAGAAAAAGUAAAAGUUGAACCACCAAAAAAUUUGCCACUGGAGAAAAAUGACCAGCAUAGAUUAUCUAGUAAUGAAGGUUUGGAUAAGUCUAAGAAAUUUUCACGUUCCUCAGGUGAUGUAGAUACAAAUGUCAAAGACAGAAGAACAGAGUCGGGUCUUACUGUGGAUGGUGACAGAAGAAAUUCUGAACGGGAUCUGAGUUUGGGAAUAUCUUCUUCUCAAAGCGAAAAUGCGAUAAAAUCAAUUAGAGCUACGGCAAACACAGUGUUGACUAGUCCUUCUGCUGUACUUUCACCUUUUUCAAAAUUGGCUAAAGGAGUUCAAAACUUUGGAGCAAAUUUAGAUCCCAGGAAAGUUGUGGAGAAGGUAGGAACCAAACAGGUUGUAUCUUUGGAACACAUAGCCACAGAAAAUGCAGAACUUGAAGAAAAAUGGAAGCAUUCCAAGUGUAAAAGCCGCCUUAUAGCAGUUUAGGUUUGGUAAUUUUUACCAUAUUGGAAUAGAAGUUACCGUUCCAUGGAACCAAAGUUAGAUUUUUGGUUGAAUCGUAGUAAUAAUAAAAUUAUUUAACUUAUAUUCAUAUUUCCUAAUUUUCCCAGUAUUAUCGUAAGCGUGUUUUAUGUUUAUAACUGUGCAGUGAUAACAAUAUUCCAUAUUUUUCAGUAUUAUAGUUGGUUAAAUUUAAAUUAGAUAAAAAUGUCUUUCUUUCAUAAUUGCUUACUUUUGUGUUACAGUAUUUAAGCAGGAAGCGAACUGUGAUUAGAAGUGUAUUAUAACCAGCUCACCAAUUUAUUUUUGAAUAUAAAGAGUAAAUACAUUAAAAUAAGAUUGUUAUUGAUUUGAGUGUGUUAUAUUAUUGGUUUAUAUAAAUAUAUUGUUAAAUUGUACAUACUUAAAUAAUAUAAAAUAAUGUUCAUUUACAUAUCUUAUGAAUAAACUAAACAAUGAAGGUGUGAGUCUGAUGCUGUGUAUUAGUGGUAGAACAUUAGCUUGGACUAAGAAUAAAAUGGCUGGUGUAAUGCGCUCUGCAUGCUGUUGAUAUAGUCUAUUUUCUUGUUCAGGUACCUGAAUUAUAGAAUAUAGACCUUGAAAUUGAUUUUAAAUAUUUAUUUGAAUAUAUUUUAUAAUUUUAAUAUUCU